UUUUGUGCAUUAUACAGGUAAAUAAAGUCAACGUGUUUUAUUUUGACAAGUCUAACCGGAAAUGAAACUGCUAUGCUAGCUAGCUUAACUUCUCCUCCACGGGGAGGCUCUGAUGUCCAAACUGAGGAAACUUUUAAGUAACUCGACGAGCUUAGUUUCCGGAGAGCUCUUCAGCACUUUACCGUGACUCCUGACCGUGUUAUGAACACUUAACGUGACCCGGUGACACCGAGAGUUUGGACCUGUCCGGUAACCGUUGGGAGGGAACACUAAACCGUUGCUAUGCACAUGCUGGCGUCAAACGGAUCCAUAAUGGACCUGAAGUCGGAGUGGGUGAAGAUGAAAGCGCAUUACUGCGGAGACAUGCUGAUCACAGACUUGGCUGCCUCAGUAACCUUUGCAGAGCUGUGUGCGGAGGUGAGAGGGAUGUGCAGCGUUGCCAGGCAGCAGCCCAUCACGCUGAAGUGGAUCGAUGAUGAAGGGGACCCUUGUACCAUCUCGUCUCAGAUGGAGCUGGAGGAAGCUUUUCGUAUUUACAAUCGGACCAAGAAGUCGGGCCUGCUGCUGCAUGUGUUCCCCAGUAUCCCGGAGCGGCCCGGUCUGCGCUGCCCAGGAGAGGACAAAUCGAUCUACCGCCGCGGGGCCAGAAGAUGGAGGAAACUGUACCGAGUCAACGGACACCUCUUCCAGGCCAAGCGCUUUAACAGGAAAGCCGACUGUGGCCACUGUAGUGAAAGGAUAUGGGGGCUGGGCCGGCAGGGCUACAAGUGUAUCAACUGCAAACUGCUGGUCCAUAAGCGCUGUCACAGACUCUUCCCUCAGACCUGCCAAACGCUUAUGGAUCCAGCCAUGCCAUCACAGGAGCCCCCCUCAGAUGGAAAAGGUGAAGAGGUGGACCUUCCACCAGACGACACAGAGGACACAGACGGGAUAUCGUUUUUACCGCACAACUGCACGGUGGAUAAAACAGAGGAUGGAGAUACAGAGGACAUCAAGGCAGUGGUGGACGGCAUCGACGGUAUCAAGCUGUCUCCGGGUCUGGCUCUCGGUCUCGGGGACUUUGAUCUGAUCCGGGUGAUCGGACGGGGCAGCUACGCCAAAGUGCUGCUGGUGCGGUUAAAGAAGAACGAGCAGACGUAUGCCAUGAAGGUGGUGAAGAAGGAGCUGGUGCAUGACGAUGAGGAUAUCGACUGGGUGCAGACAGAGAAGCAUGUGUUCGAGCAGGCGUCCACCAACCCUUUCCUGGUCGGCCUUCACUCCUGUUUCCAGACAGAAAGUCGGUUAUUUCUGGUGAUCGAGUACGUGAACGGCGGGGACCUGAUGUUUCAUAUGCAACGACAAAGGAAGCUCCCUGAAGAACAUGCAAGAUUUUAUGCAGCAGAAAUCUGUAUUGCUCUGAACUUCCUGCAUGAAAAAGGAAUCAUCUACCGCGAUCUGAAGCUGGACAACGUGCUCCUGGACCAUGACGGACACAUCAAGCUCACAGACUACGGAAUGUGCAAGGAGGGGAUCAGACCAGGUGACACCACCAGUACCUUCUGUGGAACACCGAACUACAUCGCCCCUGAGAUCCUCCGAGGAGAGGACUACGGUUUUAGUGUGGACUGGUGGGCUCUGGGCGUGCUGAUGUUUGAGAUGAUGGCUGGCAGAUCUCCAUUCGACAUCAUCACCGACAAUCCUGACAUGAACACAGAGGAGUAUCUGUUUCAAGUUAUUCUCGAGAAGCCCAUUCGGAUCCCAAGGUCCUUGUCCGUGAAGGCUGCCAGCGUGCUCAAGGGCUUUCUCAACAAGGAUCCCAAGGAGAGGCUGGGGUGCCAGGUCCAGACUGGCUUCACAGAUAUCAAGUCUCACACGUUUUUCCGCAGUAUAGACUGGGACCAGCUGGAGAAGAAGGAGGUGACGCCGCCCUUCAAACCUCAAAUCUCUGACGAGUACGGCCUCGAAAACUUCGACACGCAGUUUACUAAUGAACCAGUGCAGCUAACGCCAGAUGAUGAGGACGUCAUCAAGAGAAUAGACCAGUCUGAGUUUGAGGGAUUUGAAUACAUCAACCCCCUGCUGCUAUCCACAGAAGAGUCUGUAUGAAGGAGACACGCUUCCUCCUUCGCCCACCUUCUGUUUGUCCAAGCUGCCGUCUCAGCCAAAAAACACUCGCGAGCCAACUCUGCACGGCGAGGAGGAAGAGGAGGAGGAGGAAAGGACAACAGGGAGGACGAGCUCACCCUGUGGACAUGUCAACAAGCAAAGACAACAGGAGAGUUUCCCUCCUGGACGAUUCAGAUUGUUUUGUUGGUACCAACUCGUCUUUCUUUGGUAUCUCCUGGAAAACAAAGACUUCAGAACAUUCCCUGUCGCUCCGCUGUCUUCCCCUUCUUUCUUUCUUUUCUUUUUCUCUUUCGUCUUCGUUCCUUUCUCCCGUCAGAAUGUCCAUCCUCGUGUCGGAGCACGAGCGGCUUCGUAAUGUGAACAGAGAGCUGUCUCAUUCUGUGCCUGCCAUCAUGAACACGUCUCCACCUGCCUCACGUCCCCCAUCAAUGACGGUUCUGCCGAGGAACUUGAAAUUUUACGUGCACUUUUUUUUGGUUAAUUCCUUUUUUUUCUAUCUUGUAGGGGGGGCCAUGACGCCCCGCACAGAACAAGAAUGUACACAGACAAAGGAAAAAAUAAGUUAUUAUGUGUAAAAUAAUGUAGGUAGAGGUACAAAAAUUGACGAUGCCUUUUUAUCGAUGCAAGUGGCACAGAUUCAUCCGCAACCACAACAUCUUGUUUUGUUAUAUUCUUGAUUUUCAUGAACAACGAGGGGGAGGGGACUCUUUUUAUUUAAGAAGUGCCUCAAAGAUUGUAUUAAUUACCAUGUCUCUGAUUGCACUUAUCUCUUAAUGAACAUUUCUUCACACAUCAUGGCUUCAGAAAGAAAUAAGAAAUCUGAAAUCAUGGCUACACUCUGCCAGGGUGCGUCCAGAUCCUGCACACGUUUUGGAGAAUAAAUAUUUUCAGAGAGCUGUAGCUUCUGUCGAAUUGA